AUGCCUUUCAAGUUAAUUACUCUGGCCAGCUGCGGCUUUACUCGGCGACAAGCUGUCGCAUCGCAGAGCUGCGCAACGCCUAAAUCUCUUCCCUUACAUGUUCCCGUUGACGAAGAAACGAUACCUGGGUACGAUCCGAAGAACUUCUAUCAUCCUAAUCCAGGAGAUAUAUUAGACCACGGGUAUAAGUUGAAGGCAAAGAUUGGCUGGGGAACUUCUUCGACUGUUUGGCUUGCGCAGGAUAUUUGCGGCCGGUUGAAUCGCUAUGUGGCCAUCAAGAUCAACGAUUGUAGAUAUGCGAGCAAAGAAGCUGCUAGACACGAGUUGGAUAUAUCCAAUCACAUUGCCGGCGCCAGCCCACAUCACAGAGGACGUAGUAUCAUCAGGACUGUUGUUAACAGUUUCGAAGUUGUUUCGCCGAACGGAUCACACCUUUGCUUGGUUUUCGAACCCAUGAGGGAACCGCUAUGGUUAUUCAGACGGCGAUUCGGCGCAGACAAAGUGACUCACCCUUUUCUACCUGUCUUUAAGGCUUAUCUCCGUAUUUUGCUAGAGGGCCUCGAUUAUCUGCAUUCAGAAUGCCACAUCAUACACACGGAUCUGAAGUUGGACAAUAUCCUAGUUACAUUCGAGGAUCAGUCAGUCAUUGAAAGCUUUGUCCAAGGCCAGGUUGAGAAUCCAAUGGCUCGGAAGCUCAUAGAUGGCUGGGCAGUGUAUCUCUGCCAUAAUGAUUUUGGAGAUUUUGACGGCAAGCCUGCGCUAAAGAAGAUGUCCCCGAAAAUUACAGAUUUCGGUCUGGCAGAACGAGGAGAUCAGCCAGGACCACGCAUUAGCCCUAUUCAACCGGAUCAUUGCCAUGCUCCAGAGGUCCUACUUGGCACGGGAUGGUCGUAUAGCGCUGAUAUCUGGAAUUUUGGUAUAAUGGUUUGGGAUCUGCUUGCUGGUCGAGAACUGUUUCAGGACCGCCAGGACCGCCAAAACCACUCGUAUAGCGCUCAGCAUCACCUGGCAGAAAUGAUCGCUUUACUCGGGCCCGUGCCAAAAUCACUGGUCGAACGCGAAAGAAAUAUGCGGCAUUGGAGUUGGAGCCCCGAGGCUCGUAACUACGAAGGUAAAUUAUGCAAUAAUGCUGGCGACUUCUUUGGGGGGCCAUUUUUCUCUGACGACGGCGAAUUUGUACGCAAUGACUUAAUACCCUUCGAGCGGAAUCUCUCAGAUGCAGUUCCAGAAUGCGUAACAGAUGACGACAAGAUCCUUUUCCUAAAUUUUAUGAGAAAGAUGCUGUGCUGGCUCCCAGAAGAUAGAGCGACAGCGAAAGAAUUGAAGGAGGAUCCGUGGCUUGAUUUCGCCAAAAAACAGUGA